AUGACUGCAGUAAAUGAGGUUUACUCAGAUCCCAACCCUUUUACAGGAAGGUUCAGACCAGAGUUCAUGCUGCUGACCCAGGGCAGGCUGGCUAUUCAAAUCAGGAACUGUCUGAGGAACUCCUAUCCUGCGCAACCGAGCAGAAACCGUAAACAAGUGAGACUGACGUGUUCUCUGGAGCGCAAACAGGUGAAAAAUUCCACCAGUCCCGCCCCCAACGAUGACGGCUCCCACAGACAGGUGAGGGAGGAGGCGCGACGUGUCCAAAUACGGAGGGAGUUUGAGUCUGACUUUUCUCCCGGAGAGAAGCCCGUCAUGGAGAGACAGGCUGGAAAGCAAAGGCCGGCGCACGGCCAGCUGAUCAGCGUGCCUCACAAGGACACCAUCCGGCUCCUGGAGGUCUACAUCAAGCGCAGCGUCAGCCUGAACGACGGCGCGGCGAGGGAAAUUCGGGGAGAGAGGAAAAGAAAGUGGGUGACGGUGGCCCCGAAGCAAAGGCGGUCGUCCAGCGACCCGUCUCUUCACUUGGCCGAGGCCCCUUGCAGAAAUGGACCCGCUUUUGUGCCGGACAUCCCAACGGAGCAGCCCGAGAAACCCUCCGUAGAGGCAAAGAAAGCGACCAAAAAGAAGUCCAAGAAGAGCAAGAAACCUUCGUUUUGGAAAAGCGUGGUUGGGUUUUUCUCGCGGAAGAGCAAUGAGGAUAAAGAGGAAGAGCCUUCGGCGGAUGUGUUUGAUGGUUCCGAUGCCGUGUCUGCUGACCGGCCCGCCACUCCGGUCACCCUGCCAAAGAGGUCCUCGAGCAAAAAGACUUUAAAGAGAAAGUUUUCCAAAAAGCGCCUGUCUUUCAUAAGACCAAACAGACCUGGGAAGGAUCUAAACCCUGCAGACAUUACCGGAGUGGAAGCUGUCGUAAGUGUGGAACCAACGUAUUCUUACUAUGAGAAAGUGUCGGAGGAGCUGGAAAGAAUUGUACACGAGGUCAAAGUGAACGAGGAAGUGGAAACUCUUUCAGAUGAGGAAGUCAUCAACAGGAUCGUUGCACUGACAAAGAGCCAGGGUGAUGCCAUAGAUGACAAGCUGAAGGAGAACCCCACCCUCAGCAACUUCUUCCAGGGUAUGACCUACUCCUCCUUUCAGAGGCUGGCAGAUGAAUAUCUGGAGAAAGAAACAACGCCAACCCACAGCACUCCCCACAGCACUCCCUCAGUGCUGCCCACCGCGCCCGAGCUGGUCAAGCUGGCCUUCACUCUGGACUUCACGGCCAGGAUCGCCGGGCUCUCCAGACAAAACAUUUGCCACAUCACUGGCCUCGGGAACCGUUAUCUGCAGGACAGGUUUCAGUACACACAGGCCUGCACGGAUCACCCGUGGUCGGACUGCGAUGACUGAGUUUCUUCUCCUCCGAAACAAAACCGAAACAGCCAUUUCUUUCAGCCCUCCACAGCUUCGCAGUUGUGGUUAUAGUUGCGUUGCCGGCGCAAGUUCCUUUUUUAAGAUUGCUAAAGGCAGCCUAACACAUAUUUAGGCUUCCAGUUAGACACAAAAAUGUUUGAAAUCUUCAGUUGCUUUUUCUUUUAGAACUGAAAAUAGGCCUAAACUGUCGGUAUGAACGGUGGUAUGUGUGAGGGAAGUAAAGAAUUAACUUUACCACGGAACGUCAACAGAUUGAGAUCUCCCUGAUCACACCCGUGACAGUAAUCCACCGCUCUUAGCUCUGCGUUAGAACAGCCUCCGUUACUCUGGCCACACUACAGAUGCAAUUCUCUUUGAACUGUGAAUCCUGUUUGUUGAUUUGUGAAAAAUACCAACAGCAGUGCAAUAGUCUUGAAUGUAUGUCAGCCAUUUUAAUCGCUUUUUCAAUAUUACUGUAAAUACUGUAAAUGUGUUUCGCUAUGAAUGCUGGCAUUCAUAUGGACAACUAAAAUAAAAGAUAUCAAAUUUAUUAUUAUUCAAAUGAGUUUUUAACAA